AGAAAGGAAAGAUGUAAAUGUGUUUCUUAGGUUGGCAGUCACUAAUUGUCAUCUGCCUGCAGGACGUGAACGAGAUGUGGGCAAGUCUGGGCUACUAUAGACGUGCACGCUUCCUGUUGGAGGGAGCAAAGAUGAUUUUUGCUGGAGAAGGGUUCACAACGACAGUUGCACGACUGCGUAAGGUUCCAGAAAUCGGGGAAUAUACAGCUACCUGGUGCUAUGGCCUCCAUAGCAUUCAAAGAGGUGCGACAACAUUUUGCAACCUAUCCUUAUUAAAUCGGAUGCUGGGGCCAAAAACGAGAAUUUCAAUACUGUCGGUGGUACCUGCUGUCGAUGCAAAUGUCAUUAGAGUACUUGUUCGACUAAAGGCUAUAUCUGCAAAUCCAAAAGACUCGGCCACCAUCAAGGACUUUUGUCUGAUACGAUCUUCUGCUCAUUCUCCAUCUUCCAAGAAGAAACUAAUGUAAAAUGGAAAAAUUUGCUCGUGUGAAAUUGACAUAGCCCAAGACGAGCAGAUUUAUGGAGAUGUGCUCUUAGUAUUUGUGAAUUGGUCAUGUGAUUUUUUUUUCCUCCUCUGCGUAGAAUGCUGUCUGAGAAUUUACCGGAUAAGUCGAUGUAAAUUUAGCCAUGAUGCCCAUUUUCCUUUCCUGUCAUUGGGUUAUAUUUUUCAUUAUUCACUCCCCACUAGGAAACUUCCAGGCCGACUAGAUAUUUAAUUUUGGCUCCCUAUAUAAUGGGAGGUCUCAAUUUAUGUAAUGAUAUUUUGCUACAUCAGCUGUUUCACAAGUUUAAGACUCACCAUGAUGGACUCUUCAUA